GGGCCUAGUGUUUGUUCAGCCAGAGAGGCACAGAAGAAAAAUGGCGGCUCCAGGCGAACCAAAACGGGACGCCGGGCUAAUAUUUUGAGCUUUCACACCAGAAAGAACACAAGGUGUACCCGGGGUUGGAUGCUCGGCGUCACCAACAACCGCUGCGGCAUUGUGGGGGUACCGCUUUGUCUCGCUUCAUCGUCGGUUAAGCGGACGCAAUCAUUGGGAUUGUAAAAUAAUAGACUUCGCCUAUCAUGAGAGGCAAAAGGGGCAGGCCGCCCAAACCGCUACCAACGGAGGAGCCGUCUCCAGCUACGGCUACUGCUCGGGGCUUGCGGCCGAGGAGGAAUAUCAAGCCCAGGGUACGAGACAGCGGGGACGAAGACGUCGAGAGUCCGGUUCGGGAAGCAGUCAAGCCUAGCAGAAAAAGGAAAGGAGGAUCUGCUAUAUCGACGCGAGGAAGGGGACGAGGCAGAGGCGGCAGGGGAAGACGAGGGGGUCGUGGAGGAAGGAGAGCGCCUGUGUACAAAAAUGUGGUGUACGACGACCAUGAGAGCGACGAAGAGGACGACGCUGUCAGCCUGAGGUCGGAGGAGGAAGAGCUGGUCGAGGAGGACCCUCAGUCCGAGGAGGACGAGGCCCUCAAAGCAGACUCGGACUGUCUUGAUGAUGUGCUGGACGACGAAGAGGAGGUGGAGGAUGAUGCCAGCGACUGCACAGAGAGUAGCUUUCGGAGUCAGAGCACACACGCCAGCACUCCGGGGAGGAAAAAGGCCCAGGCCCCCCGACCUCGCACCCCCAUUCUUGAAGAGAAGAACAUUCCCCCUCUUGAGCUACCUGAGUCUUCAGAGGACCUCCUGGUGCCUGGUGAAGAACUGCUUAAUGCAACCUCCAUCUACGAGGUGCUUCGGAACUUUAGCACGGUGCUGCGCCUCUCCCCCUUCCGCUUUGAGGACUUUUGCGCAGCACUGAUCGGCCAGGAACAGUGCACUUUAAUAGCGGAGACCCACAUUUCUCUCUUGAAGGCAAUCCUACGCGAGGAGGACUCCUCCAACACGACCUUUGGGCCUGCCGACCUCAAGGACAGCGUCAACUCCACUCUGUACUUCAUCGACGGCAUGACGUGGGCUGAGGUGCUGCGUGCGUACUGUGAAAGUGACAGGGAGUACCAUCAUGUCCUUCCAUAUCAGGAGGUGGAUGAUUAUCCCUACGGUUCAGUUGAAAGUAAAAUCAAGGUGCUUCAGUUCUUGGUCAACCAGUUUCUCACCACCAACAUUGCGCGGGAGGAGCUUAUGUCUGAUGGCGUCAUGCAGUAUGACGACCACUGCCGCGUCUGUCACCGACUGGGCGACCUUCUCUGUUGUGAGACCUGUCAAGCAGUUUACCACUUGGAGUGCGUGAAACCACCUCUGGAGGAAGUUCCAGAAGACGAGUGGCAGUGUGAGAUUUGUGUGGCACAUCAGGUGCCCGGAGUUACGGACUGUGUGACGGAAGCGCAGAAGAACAGGCCCUACAUACGCCAGGAGCCCAUUGGAUACGACCGCCACCAGAGGAAAUACUGGUUCCUGAGCAGAAGGAUUAUUGUUGAAGAGGACGGAGAGCAUGCCAAAAAAAAGAUCUGGUACUAUAGCACCAGAGCCCAGCUGGAAGAGCUCCUGGAGGUCCUGGAUAAGGAGUAUUGGGAGAUGGACCUUUGUGCCACCCUGCAGGAAAUGAAGGAGGAAGUUCACACUCACAUGGACAUCACAGAGGACCUCACCAAUAAAGCUCGUGGAAGCAAUAAAGCCUACCUCACAACUGUCAAUGAGGUGGUCAUGGAACGAUUAAAGAGCAGACGGGAAGCGCAGAACGUUAACAGCCAAGCAGAGGAGGUAAAACAGCAAGCAGAAACAAGUUCUGGACAGACGGUGGAGGACUCUGCCACAUCCCAGCUUGGCGAUGGAGAGCAAAAAGACACUGAGCCCACGGAAGGAACUACUCCGCCAGCCUCAGGCAUCAUUCCCCCUGCUGACCAGGAGAGCUGCAUUUCUGAUUCUAAAUGCAACUCAACCCACCAGGACUCAGCAGAAAAUCCUCAUUCAAAUGACAAAGCCCAGGAGAGUGUGGAAUCUCCUCCAGUGGCAAAGCCAGACGAGAACGCAAAUGCUGAAGUGAGCAAUGAGUCCAUGCAAACGCACAUCCACGAUGAGCAUCCAGAAGAAGGUCAUCAGGUCCCCGACUGCGCGACUCCUCAGAAACCAGAGCAGCUGGACCUGUCUGAGAGGUCCUCUCGCUCUUCAUUUACAAGCCAAGAUGGGAGAGAGGAGUAUAAUGAAAAUCUCAAGAAGAAUAGAGCAAGUGCAGCCGCACUGGAUUUUCUUAACCAAACACCCCGAGGCAGCAAGGAGUCAUCCCCUGUGCGCUCUGAUGGAGAAACUUCAUCUCCCAUUCUUUUCAAAAGCGACUCGGUGACCCUGAGCAACUUAUUCAAACUGGGUCAGGAAGGUAAAUAUAGGGUCUACCACAACCAAUACAGCACCAACGUCCUGGCCCUCAACAAGCAUCAGCAUCGCGAGGACCAUGACAAGCGGCGGCACCUCUCCCAUAAGUUCAGCUUGACAACUGCGUCCGAGUUCAAGUGGAACGGUUCCAUCUAUGGAUCCCGGAGCCUGACUGUCACCACCCUGCGUCUCACCAUCAUCCAGUUGGAGACCAGCGUCCCUCCGCCAUUCAUGCACCCUAACUGGGCAUCACACAGAACAAACUGGAACAAAGCCGUACAAAUGUGCAGCAAAGCGAGGGAAUUUGCCCUGGCAUUGGCCAUACUGGAGUGUGCCAUCAAACCAGUUGUCAUGCUGCCUAUAUGGAAAGAUUCUCUCGGGCACACAAGACUGCAUCGCAUGACCUCAAUGGAGCGUGAAGAGAAAGAGAAGGUGAAAAAACGGGAGAAAAAACUGGAGGACGAGGAGACACUGCAGCAGGCCACCUGGGUGAAGUACACCAUUCCCAUCAAACAUCAGGUGUGGAAGCAGAAGGGUGAGGAGUACAGAGUGACAGGGUAUGGUGGUUGGAUUUGGGUCAGUAAGACUCGUGUGCCUCGAUAUGUGCCCAAAUUACCAGGAAACACAAACGUAAACUACCGUAAAGAACUGGAAGCCAAAAUGAGAAAGGAACAUGCUGCUUGCACAAAUAAACAGAAAAAGCCUGCUGAGAAGAUGGAGACUACUCAAAGUAAAACCGAGGACAAGCAGCAGGCAUCCAUUGCUGCCUCUUCUCAAAACUCCUCCUUGGAGCAUGAACAGUCCUCAAAAGAGGAAGUGAAACCCACAGGGGAGGAGCAAGAAAAGGACCAAGAGGAAAAGGUAGAAGAUAACAAAAUGGAGGUUGAGCCCUGCCUAAAUACCGCUCCUUCAAAUGUUGAAGAAGAAGUUGAAAACAAAUCUCCGUCAUCAUCUGCUGGUCAGCCUGUAAAAGAAGAGACCAUCCAGAAAAGCCACCAACCUAAGGAGGAGGCCGCUGCAGCAGAGCCUUUAUACGAUGUUGUCAAUGUCAGCGAAGGCUUCCAGUUGCGGACAGCUUAUAAAAAGAAGGUAAAACCCUCCAAAUUGGAUGGACUGUUGGAGCGGCGUGUCAAACAGUUCACCUUGGAGGAGAAGCAAAGACUGGAGCGAAUGAGACAGACGGCCCUCCUGUCAAGAAUGACAGCUGCGAGGUCUGCUUCUGUGGUGAAGACUGAACGAGCUGUGAGCCCGUGUGUUAAAGUUGAAGAAGACGAGAAGGACACACUGGCGAAAGAUGCUGUCGUUAAAAAGCUCGACUUUGAGCGGGAAGACGGCGAGCAAAAAUCAAACAUGGAUGUCAAAUUGGACUCCACGGAAAUCAACCACAGCAUGCAGACGGAAUCCAAUCUUGUGCAGGAGAAUAGUGGAGGGGCUGCUGCACACAAAGAAGUGAACGGAGGAUCCAUAGGGCUCAACGGUAAAAACAAUUAUAAAUCAGAAGCAAUUGAAAGUGAGGCGAAAUCUGAGAAACAAGAGGUGGCUCAAGUGGGAGAAAACACAAAGAAACGUGCCUACGAGGAAAUGGAGCAAGGCAGUGAAAAGACUGAUGAGGAGAGCAUGGAGGUUGACCAAAGCAAGACCAAUGCCGAGCAAGUGAAUGGAGAAACUGUCACCACUGCUCCUUUAGAUUCAGACCUUAGCAAUCAAGUCCAAUGUGAUGGCAAAGAGUCUCUGAAAGAGCCUGUUAAGUCUCUAGUGAAUGGAAAUAUCUCCCAGAAUGAUGCCUCUUAUGACGGUCAUCCACCUCCCUCAAAAGUCCCCAAAUUAGAGAAUCAUGUGGCUGAGAACGUAGAUCCUGAUAAUACUGUCAGUAAUAAUCCGGAUGCACUUGCAGUGCCUACAAACAUUCAAUCUUCAAAUCAAUCAAGUGCCUCCUCCCUUCAAAGCAGUGAUAACGGCAGUCAUACAGAGGAUUUUAAAACAUCCGCACAAAGUGUCACAGAGUCUCAAAACCCCCAAACAGCUGUAGCAAGUAGCACAGUCUCUUCGACUGUCACCUCCACCACCAAGCCAAUCUCCUUAGUUUCUCAGAAGUCCAAGCCUGUCAGUGCAGCUGUUACUGGUCCAAAGCAAGCCAUCUCUGCUUCAACCACAAGCAGCUCCAUGACAAUAAGCAAAGAAUAUUCCACCAGUGACAGAGUCACUCUUCUCAAGUUCACCAAAUGUAAGAAGGCUCGGUCAGGCACAGCCUUGCCAUCCUAUCGCAAAUUUGUCACCAAGAGCAGCAAAAAGAGCAUCUUCGUCCUGCCAAACGAUGACCUGAAGAGGCUGGCGAGGAGAGCAGGCAUCAGAGAGGUGCCCAUCUUCAGUUAUAAUGCCAAGCCCGUCCUGGACAUAUGGCCCUACCCUUCACCUCGGCCCACUUUUGGAAUCACAUGGAGGUAUCGUCUCCAAACUGUCAGGUCUCUGGCAGGAGUUAGCCUGAUGCUGAGGCUCCUGUGGGCCUGUCUGAAGUGGGACGAGAUGGCUGUGAAGCCCUCUGGUGCUGUAGGGAUAACACGUAAAGAAACUACAGACACAGAUAUCACCACAACAGAGAUAAUAAAACGCAGAGAUAUGGGCCCCCAUGGCAUCCGCUCAGAAUACUGUAUCAGGAAGAUUAUCUGUCCUCUUGGAAACAGGGAUACUCCCAAAGAAACUCCUACUCCACAGAGGAAAGGCCUGCGAUCAAGCGCCUUAAGGCCCAAGAAACAGGAGUCCACAAAGCCAACAGGGCCUAUUGCUGUGGAGACAUGGAUUCCUGAGGAAGAGCUGGAGUUGUGGGAGAUCAGAGCCUUUGCAGAAAAAUUGGAGAGGGAGAAAUCACAAGGACUAGAUUCUUCCAAGACAAGCAGCGCCCUAAAGACCUCAGAGGAUGUCAAGGCCCAUUUGGAGAAUCAGCUUAAACAGGCUAGAUUGGCUGCCCAGCAGAAACGCUUGGAGCAGCAGAGACUCUGCACAACACCUCCCACACCCACACCCACAGUUACAACAACCGCCGACACCACCUCGUCCAGCACUCCCAGUUCGACUAGUGCACCUGUGUCCACAGGCCAGAGGACAGGUCAGAUCACAUCAGGAACCAAGAUGGUCUUGGCCUCCAAACUGGCCUCUCCAGUCUCCCUACAGCAAGACAAGAACUACCAUCAGUCUUUUACGUCGUGGGUCAAGCAGGGUCAGACCAACAGUAAUGCAGUUCAGCAGAAAUGCAUGAGCAUAUUCCCAUCUGGGCCACCUGCCAACCUGAGGACAUAUAGUACACUACAUCCUACGACUGGCAAUAUGAACAUCAGAGCGAACAGCUCGGCUUCAACUGCUCAACAGCAGAUGCUGAAAGCAGGAAGCCACACACAACCUGGAACAUUGGUGAACCAGUCCUCGACCUCAGCUGGAGGCUCUGCCAUGGUCAGAAGUUCUGUGUUGGCUCAGCAAGGCCAUCCACAAACGGUCCAGAUGGGCCAUGGCCAAGUUGGCUCAGCAGCUGUGUCUGCGUCUACACCUUUGCAGGCAACUGAAGGUCAAAGAGCAGCAGGUUCUGUGCCGUCACCUUGUGCUGCAAGCACAGCACCUGGACAGCGCCCUGUGGUCCCCCCCCAAGCCAACAGACCACAGCAGGGUCAAGUCAAACUCACUAUGACACAGCUCAUGCAGUUAACACAGAGUGCUCAGGGAGGAAAUCCAGGUCUGACAGUGGUGAUCCAGGGUCAAGGCCAGACCCAGGGCCAGCUGCAAAUUGUCCCACAGGGUGUAACAGUCAUCCCUGGUCCAGGUCAGCAGCUAAUGCAGGCAGCAUUGCCUGAUGGGCAGGUCCAGCGCUUCCUCUUCACUCCCACACCCCCAUCCUCAUCAGUUUCAACAUCAGCACCCACUACAGCUAUUCCUGCCAAGCCUGCUGCAGUACAGAGCCCGCCAACCCAAAUAUCAAAUCCUGCUUUCCCCAGAGCCCACGUUCAGACUACCCCUUCAGCCUUGGGCCAGACCAAAAUGGCAGCCCCUAUUCCUUCUUCAGCACAACCUGUUUCACCUCUCUCUUCACAACCUACUUCAAAUUUGGGUUCUACCCCAGCCUCUGUCCCCUUGCAAACAAACGUUCCAGCCCCUUUUCCCAUAGCAGUACAAGUUCCUGCACAGGCACCAAUCCAAACUCACAUUUCAACCACUACCCAAUCAUCACAGUUAUCUGCUGUGUCAGCUCAGGCUUUGUCACAAACACACGUUUCACCCUCCCUAACCGCUCCUAUCACAGUGCAACCUGAAGUGGCAAAAGCGAUGCUUGCCUCGCAACAAAAUGCAGGCCAAGCAAUGAUCCCAUCCAAAGUACCAGACCAAUUCCUCACACAAACUCAAACUGCAAUGACUGUGACUAUUUCUGGACAAGUUCCACCCCAACCCCAGACCCAAACGCAUUCUUUGGCCACCCCAUCCUUAACACCAGCUCCUGUCCCGGUGCAUGUUACUGCCCCUACCUCUGCUUUAGUCCCUCUCUCAGCCAAUGCUGCUGUCCAGUUUGCUGCUAACACUUCCCAAAUGCAACUUUCGGGAUCUCUCCCAUCCCCUGUCCAAGUUCCAACCCCUCCCCUUGCUCCUGUCUCUGCUCCUGUCAUCGCUGUUGUGUCCAAUCAAAUUGGCGUCCUGUCCCCAGUUAAAGCACUUACCCAAAUUCAAGCCGCAGCUCCUCGUCCUCUUCAUUCUGCUGCGGCCAAUGCUGUGGUUACGCCAGUCACAGCCACCUCAACCACACCUUCAGUACCAGCGCUGAUAGAGCCGAGGGCAGUCCAUUCUGUUCAACAGACAACAGUUCCGAAUUCAACUGCCCUGGAUACAGUUCCUGCCUCCACACCCGUGUCAGGUUCCACACAUUCACCCGUUUCCUCCCUGCCUCAAGCAUCGCUUGCCUUGCAAUCUCAAGUCCAACACCCUGCAGUAGUGUCCAUGCAACAGGUGUCGCAAAUGCCGGUCUCUGCUGUGCAGCUUCACAUGAAGGCUUUACCCGUCCCUUCUGUUGUUACAACAGUGAGACACACCCAGCCACAAACACUUAAUCAACUGCAGUCCCAACCUCCAAACCAAAUCUGUGCACAGAUUCAGGUCCAGCCUUGUGGCCAAGUCCAACAAUUGCAACAUAUUCAGUCCCCACCGCAUCUCCAGACCCAAGCACAAAUACGAGUUCACUUUCAGCCACAAACUCAACAACCAUCCCAACCCCAAGUACAUCAGCUUCCUCAUAUUCAACCCCAAGUGCAAUUCACCUCCCAAAACCAAACCUUGCCCCAGGUUCAGGUUCAACAUCAGUCAAGGGUCCAACCUCAGUACCAGGUGCAGGUACCAGGUGCACUUCAGACACAAGUGCAAACCCAACCACAGGCUCAGCAACAGCCUCAGGUUCAGUCUCAGGCUCCAGCCCAGAUCCAAAGCCAACUCCAUCCCCAGAUUCAGGUCCAGUUCCAGCAACAGAAUCCGCUUCACCCUCUGCCUCAUGCUUCGCAGCACCCUCAAGUCCAGACUCAAUCACCAAUUAAAAGUCCGAUACAAACCCAAACUCAAUUCAAAGUUCAGUCACCAACCCAGGUUCAGGUACAGACUCAAUCCCAAGUGCAAGCUCAGGUCCAGGUCCAGUUCCAAUCCCCAAACCGAAGUCAUGUUCAGGCUCAGCCUCAACUUCAAGUACAGCCUUCAAUCAGGCAUCAGCUCAUCACUGUUCCAGGGCUUCAACAGCCAGUCCAGCUGUUGUCAGCCCUGCCGCCUCAUGUUGCAGCUCAGAUCCAAGCCCAGAUCCAAGCACAGGCACAGCAGCAAGGUGGGGCAGUUCCCCAGCAAAUCAAACUGCAACUACCUAUCCAGAUCCAGCAGACGGGGAGUCAAAUUCAAACGCACCAAAUCCAGAACAUGGUGACCAUACAGGCACCAACGAGCAUGCAGGACCAACGCCAGAGGAUGCAGCAGCAGCAACAACCUUCACCACCAAAGAAGAAGAAACACCAAGAGACUAAAAGGGAGCAUAAAGAUCCGAAUCAAACGGCUGUGAGCCUAGGAGAUGGCAUUUAUAAACAGGUGGGAGCCAAGCAAAGUGUUACAUCAGAACAGCUGAAACAGAGGAAGACUGUAGCUGCUGCUGAGCGGGAGGAGAACCAGAGGAUGAUUGUGUGUAACCAAGUGAUGAAGUACAUUCUGGAUAAAAUCGAGAAGGACGAGAAGCAAGCAGCUAAGAAGCGAAGGAAGGAGGAGGUGGUGGAGCAGAAACGCUCCAAGCAGAAUGCCACCAGGCUCACGGCACUGUUGUACAAGCACAAAGAACACCUGAAAGCUGAGAUUCUGAAGAAGAGGGCCCUGCUGGACAAGGACCUUCAGAUGCAAGUACAGGAGGAGCUGAGGCGGGACAUCGCCAGGCUACAGAAAGAGAAAGAGAAAGCCCGAGCUGCUAUCGCCCAGGCGGCGGCAGCAACAGUCAAGUCAGCCCCGCACUCAUCCCACUCCUCUCACCCCUCUCACUCCACACAUUCCUCUCACAGUACCCACACAGCGGUACCUCCGUCCUCAUCCCAUAAACGCAAGCGAGAAGACGAGCGAGACAGAGAUAGAAACCGGGAUAAGGAGCGACAUCACGACAAGAAGCGGGACAAGGACCGGGACAAAGACAGGGACAGAUACAAAGACAGAGAAAGAGACAGAGACCGUGAUCGAGAGAAGGAGAGGAUUCGAGAGCAAGAGCAGACUCGACACCGGGACAGGGAGAAGGACAGAGAACGAGACAGAGACAAGGACCGAGAUCCCUUCUCAUCAAAACACAAAAAGAAGAAGAAGCUCUCCUCUACCUCAAAGGAUCACAAGAAGGACACAAAAUUGUACUGUAUCUGCAAAACGCCCUACGAUGAGUCCAAGUUUUACAUAGGGUGUGACCUGUGCUCCAACUGGUUCCACGGCGCUUGUGUGGGCAUCACUGAGAAGGAAGCUAAAAAGUUAGAGGACUUUGUGUGUAGCGAUUGUAAACGGGGACAGGAGGGAGGAAGCAAGGAGGAACUCUACUGCAUCUGCCGGACACCAUAUGACGAAUCACAGUUCUACAUCGGCUGUGAUCGCUGCCAGAACUGGUACCACGGACGCUGUGUGGGCAUCCUCCAGAGCGAGGCCAAUCACAUCGACGUAUACGUGUGCCCCCAGUGUCAGUCGACAGAAGAUGCCAUGACGGUCCUCACGCCGCUUACUGACAAAGACUAUGAGGGGUUGAAAAGAAUAUUGCGCUCUUUGCAGUCUCACAAAAUGGCAUGGCCUUUCCUUGAACCAGUGGAUCCGCAUGAUGCACCUGAUUAUUAUCGUGUGAUCAAGGAGCCAAUGGACUUUUCCACAAUGGAAGGCCGCUUACAAAAGCGCCAUUACCACAAGCUCACAGAGUUUGUGGCCGACGUGACCAAAAUCUUUGACAACUGCCGCUACUACAACCCAAACGACACGCCCUUCUUUCAGUGUGCGGAGGUGCUUGAAGGCUUCUUUGUACAGAAGCUGAAAUGUUUCAAAGCUAGCAGAUUGUCAGAUUCUUAAAUGGGCCAGUCUAGCUGGAGUCUGGACUGGAUGCUUGGUUCUCUAAUUAUAAGAAUGGCAAGAAUGCUCAGUAAUCACAUUAACGUGGUAGCCAUGUUGCCGUUAGUUCUUCAGGUCAAUGAUGAGGAUACCUUUUGUUUUGUCAUUCCACAUCGAGCGUAUUCGUCUUAAUCAACAGGUUCUCAGAGCAGUUUCUCAGCAGGGGGGAUUUUAAAAGCAUUUUACAGAAUGGUUUAUAUUUAUUUUCCUGAUGUUCUGUACAUCGACCAUACUAGUUCAAGUAUACAAAGCUGCAUAUUUUAUUACAGAGAUAUUUAUCAUUUGGCUCCACCUCCUUUAAUGUACAUACUUUUAUCAUGUACAGUGGUUGUAAUAUAGCAUGUUGGAGGCUUUUUAACAAAUAAUCUUUAUAUGAGAGUAAAUGUAAGUCACGUGCAUGCUCAUGCUACACCCACGCUCACAAAAAAAAUGGAAAACUGUUUUCAAUCAAGAAAAAAGGCAUUCCUUGUACUUGGCAUCCAACAUGGCAGCAGGAUCAUCUUCCAAUGACCCCCUUUGCAUCCUAUGUUUGUGAUAAUUGUGUACAUGUUGCAAAACAGCAUGGGAAGGCCACUUAACUUGCCCCUCUCUCCACACUUUGUAGGUCUCAUAGCAACAAGCUACAGUCUUCUACUUCAGCCUCUUAGAAAGCUAAACAAAAUGCACUUGCCGAGAUAUUUGGCUUUUUCUGAACUGUGACUCUGUGACGAACUCUGCCACGUCCUGUCUUUGGGAUGUGCUCCUUUAACUGUGCAACCAGGCACUGCUGCUUUCACAGAGUCCAUCAGGCUGACCAUUUCAGCACCAAGGGACCUUUUUUGUUUGUUUUUUUGUACCUGUCUUCUUUAAGCGGAACUGUACAGAGGCGCAGCAUCAGCUGAGUCAUUUCAGAAGAAACUUUACCUCGGAGGAAAGACUCAAGGAGCUCUCGUGUUUCCAUGUACUUUUCCCCCCCCCCAUUCUUGUUAAAACUCCCACAGGCCAUCCUAGUGGUCACCACGUUCAACGACAAGUACCGAGCGAAAUGUAAUGGCGUUUUACUGAGCAUCCUAAAAAUGUCUUUACAUUCGCAGUGGAACAUCUUUUUAUUAUUAUUAUUAUUAUUAUUAUUUUUUUUUUUUAUUAUUUUUAUUUUUUUUUUUUUUACUACUUCCAUUGUUCAUUCUGAAGUGGCAUGAGAAGACAGUUGUACAACAGUAGAUGCUUGUUAGGCUGUUCAAAUUGCUCUGCAAUAGUGACUGACUUGAGUGAUGAAUCUGUGUAUUUGAAGGUUCCUACUCUGUUUGUAUAAAAAAACAAUGUCUGUUUUUGACUUGAGUUUUUUUUGUAUUACAGUUGAAGAAUUAUGGAUGUAUAUGGAAUUAAUAAAAUGCCGAAGUCUUGAAUUGUUCCUCUGUUGGCAACUGAUGGUAAGGUAUGGGGUGGGGGUUGGUGUUAGAUAUUAUUAUGACACUUUAAUUCAGUGUAAUAGCUUGGUGGAUUGUUGGUCUAAUUGCUUCUCACAG